CGCGUGUAUUUAGGAAGUGCGCGCGCCGGCGCUGGCCCUGUCCGCGAGCCGUAGCGCCCUACGUCACGGGUCAAAGGUGAAGCGGAAGAACAACAAGCAUGGAAGAGUGUCGGGGAGCAGCCGGCAGGUCAGCGGGACCUGGAAAGAAAGGUCGGACAGCGGUCAAGGCGCAGACAGCCUUGGAAGCUGCUAAAAGGAAGGAGGCCCUGAAGGAGGCCGUGAGGAGGAAGCUGCAGCUGGAGCAGAGGGCCCUGCGCCUGGUGGAGGAGCUGCUGGAGGACAGCGUGACAGAGGACUUCCUGCUGGGCUGCGCAAAGUCCAUUACUCCAGGAAACUACAGAGACGUCGUGGACGAGAGAUCUAUAGUCAAGCUGUGUGGCUACCCUGUCUGUCAGAACAAACUUGUGAACGUUCCCAAGCAGCAGUACAAAAUUUCAACCAGAACGAAUAAAGUGUAUGACAUCACAGAACGGAAGUGUUUCUGCAGUAACUUUUGUUACAAAGCAUCAAAGUAUUUCGAAGGCCAGAUCCCCAAGACUCCCCUGUGGUCGCGAGAAGAGGAGAGCUUCCCAGAUGUCACAUUAAUGAAGCAGGGCGAGAGCGGCAGCUCGGGAGAGGAGGUGAGGAUCGCCGCCGAGCCCGUCCGGCUGUCCGAGAUCGAAACCCCCCAGCCCGAGGAGGAGCGGGACCCGCCGGGCGGCGAGAGCGGCAGCAGCGACGCGGAGCAGGAGUUCGUGUCCAGCAUCGUGCCCGCGGAGGGGGCGGGGCCGAGGGGCGGGGUCGCCCCGCCCACCGGCAGCGGCGGGGGGUGGGGUCCCAAGAGAGUAGAGGGGCGGGGCAGGAUGGGCCAGGGCACGGUGGAGGAAGCCUCUGGGGGUUUGAGGAAGUGCAGGAUAGCCAGCGAGGGUGAUGAAGGCACCUCCGCCGGGCGCUGCCAGCGGGAUAGGGGUGCGGAGGAACCAGGCACCGGGAACAAGCUGAGAGACGACGCUCCUGAGCCCCAGGCUGGCAUCACCAGGGUGGGGGUCAGUAAGAGGGCAGCCGAGGGCCUCAGGGGUCUCCUGAAAGACCAGAAACCGGGCGGGGGUGCGUCUCGGGUCGUCCUCAAGACCAGCCUGCUGCAGACUUUGAGGAGGACCCUGCAGGAGUGGAAGACGGAAGAGACCCUGAGGUUCUUGUACGGGCCAGAUUAUGAACAGCGGACGCCAGAGGCCCCAGCCCACGCGGCUCGAGAGGAGGAGGAGGAGGAGGAAGAGCUGGACGAGGAUGACCUGGCGGAGCUCCCGGAGGAGCUGGGCGUCGGUGGCUGUGGUCCAGGCUCCGCUGGGGCCUCGCGGAGGAAGCCGUCUGCUCCAGUGCCCGACUUCGAGACCCUCAGGAGAGAGACAGAGAUGCUUACCCUGAAAGUCGGAGAGUUUUACAGAGGGGAGUUUGUGCUGCCCGAAGAAAUCGUCCCAAGCCCCAGAAUGGAAAAUGAAAUCCAUGAGCAUGCUGGCGGUGAGGCUCCUGUUCUGCCGCUGAUAGACUCCAGCGCACAGCACCUGAUCCAGAAGAAGAUCGUAGUAGAAAAGCUGAUCAGAAGCUUGAAGGACAUUGUGGGACCCCUUCGAUUGACCAUGAAUGACAUCAUCACCGAUCUGAACAACCUGGUCAGGACUUUCAGCUCCGCCAGCCGCUGCCGCUGAGAGGGGGGGGGCUCCCGGGUUCGUACAGGUACGGCUCCGCUCACGCGCCCCCUGCCCCGGAGUUCUGCUGGCACUUCUCAGGAACACCGGAGACGUUUGAGCUACUCCCCGUUGGCCAGCGAGAGCUGCGGCAAGCAGGCCUGACUGAUGCGUUCGAUUUCAAACAGAGCCGGUUUUGAUACUGUUUGGGUUGCUUUCUUUUUUUUUUUUCUCCUCCUCCUCCUCUCCUGCCCCUGGCUGAGGAGGAGCCGAGGUGAGAGCAGGGCUCUGGAGGUGCGGAGAGAGUCUGGGGCAGGAGCUGCUGCAGCUAAAGGGGUUUAAUUGUGCACUGAAGCAGCAUCCCAGUAUCGCGUGACAGAUUGAAAGUGAAGGGCAUCAUCUGCGAGUGGGUUUUGUUCCAGCAGCACAGAAAACCCUGCCUUUGACAUGUUUGUCAGAUUUUUAUUUUUAAAGGAACCCCUUUCAAUACAAAAUCUCUUCUGCACUUUGGUUAAUUAGAAUUAGUUUGUUACCCAUACUGAUGCCUUAGGGCAGUAGGCAACGUUGGUCAAAGGUAACUUUUUGCAGUGCAGUCACAAGGUUUGUGUGUUUGUUUGUUUGCCUUUUUGUACACCUUCCAUUGUUUUUUCAGCAUGAAUCAUUACUUCCUCAUUUUUUAAUAAACAAAAAUGUGCAACUGUUACAACAGAGGAAGGGAGCAGUAAACCUCUCCGCCUUUCCCUUAACUCUCGAGCAGCUGUUCGUCCAGCCCCUGCCUGAGACAACAGAAAAACUACUGCCCGCAGUCCGAGCUGCUGUCUUCUGUCCACAAGCAGGGGCAUUUUCCAUUUACCUAAAGCCAAGCACUAGAUUAACUGCCGGACUGCUGUGUUGCAAGACAGUGUUUGGCUGCAAGAUGUGGUUACACACUCGGUCAGAUGCAAAAUUGAUUCUGAGCUGUAAGAUGGUGGUGGCGAGAUUCUAAUCCAGUGAUCUUUUUUUUUUUUUUUUUUGACUUCUUGCAAGUUUAUUGCAUUUGCUUGUCAAGCGGUUAUCAGCUUCAUGCUGUGGGUGCUGGUGAGUGGUUAGAGAUGAGAGAAAAGGAGCUCGGGGCGGCUCUGGACGGCCUGCACGCCACUCGGCUGGCUCGUUCUCCCUUCUCCCUGCGAGAGCGGUGCUGGCAGAGGGCUAACGGGGCCCCCGGUCUCGCGGGGGGAAACUCGGAGCCCGUCUGCCUUGUACAAGCUCCGCUCCUCGGACCCCAACUGCAGCGGGCCAGUCGGGGAGUUGGGACGGGGGGGGUGCAGGAAUUGUAGAGGCGGCUUCUGUGGGCGUCUGACCGUACUCUUGGGCUGAACGAGCACGAAGGCCUCACCUGGAGGUCGCACGCACCUCUCCUUUUAAAGGGGAGGCCCUGCGGGCGCUGGGGCCGGCCCUCCCGGGUGCGAGGCCGGCUCGCUCUCCACUGGGGUGACGCAGCAACGGAUCCCUACUGCCGCCUCCCCGCCCCCUCUCCGGGCUCGGCUUUUGAUGGCAGUUACCAGUGUUAACUUGUCCUCAAUCAAUACUUACAUAGCAGGAGAGCUCAUUGACACAGAUGAGCGCUCCCCCUCUCCCUGGU